CUGUCCCCACCCGGACCAGCUCCUCUGAGAGCGCGGAGGGGCAAUGCUAGAGGACUUGCGCCUAGGGGUACCCCUCCUGCGCUCCCGCCCCGGGGGCAGAGGCUAGUGUCACGCUGAGCGGGAACUGGCGGCAGAAGACCGGGUACCGUGCCCAGAAUCCCGCGGAAGUUUGGAUCGGCGUAGACUGUGGGCCUACGGACCCCAGGAGUGGGCGCUGCGGCGUUGAUCUGUUGCGGCCGAGAGGCGGCGCUGGGCUCAGGUCCCCGGAGGGCACGCGGGUCUCGAAAGGGGGCGCCCGAUCCCGGGUCUCCAGCGUCGCUUCCCGGGAAGUUUCAAGUUUGAAAGUCCUGGCGAAGGGGCGCGGGCUUCCGGAACCGGAGUGGUCGAGAGGAGGGGCCGGCGCGGCGCUAUGGAGGAAGGGGCGCCGCGGCAGCCUGUGCCAGGCCAGUGGCCUCCAGAGGAUGAGAAAGAGGCGAUCCGUCGUGCCAUCCAGAAAGAGUUGAAAAUCAAGGAGGGCAUGGAGAACCUGCGGCGAGUGGCCACAGAUCGCCGCCACCUGGGCCAUGUGCAGCAGCUGCUACGCUCCUCUAACCGCCGGCUGGAGCAGCUGCAAGGCGAGCUGAGGGACCUGCACGCCCGCAUCCUGCUGCCUGGCUCUGGGCCUGGCCAGCCUGAACCUGUAGGCUUGGGACCUCAGCCACGGGUAGAGCAGCCAAAGGCCCGGCACCUGGAGGCUCUACGGAGACAGCUGCAAGUGGAGCUGAAGGUGAAGCAGGGGGCUGAGAACAUGACCCACACGUGUGCCAGUGGGACCCCCAAGGAGAAGAAGCUCCUGGUGGCUGCCCAGGAGAUGCUACGGGACAGCCAGCUGAAGGUGGCCCUGCUGCGGAUGAAGAUCAGCAGCCUGGAGGCCAGUGGGUCCUCUGAGGCAGGGCCUGAGCUGCUGGCUGAGGAGCUGCAGCACCGACUGCGCAUUGAGGCUGCCGUGGCCGAGGGUGCCAAGAACGUGGUGAAGCUGCUUGGUAACCGGAGGACACAGGAUCGCAAGGCAUUGGCAGAGGCCCAGGCCCAGCUCCAGGAGUCCUCCCAGAAACUGGACCUCCUGCGGCUGGCGUUGGAGCAGCUGCUGGAAGGACUGCCUCCUGCCCACCCUCUGCGGAGCAGAGUGGCCCGGGAUCUGCAGACUGCAAUGCCUGGGAGCCCCCCGCCUUCGGGGACACUUGUGAAGCCCAUCGCCCUGACAGGGACCCUGCAGGUUCACCUCCAGGGCUGUGAGCAGCUACUGACAGCUGUGCCUGGACGUUCUCCGGUGGCUGCUCUGGCCUGCAGCCCUUCUGAGGGCUGGCUUCGUACCAGGGCCAAGCAACAGCGUGGCGGAGGCGAGCUGGCCCGUGAGGUGCUGGCUGUGCUGAAGGUGGACAACCGCAUUGUGGGCCAAACAGGCUGGGGGCAGAUGGGCGAGCAAGCCUGGGGUCAGACCUUUGUCAUCACACUGGAGCGAGCCCGCGAGCUAGAGAUCGGGGUGCGCUGGCGGGACUGGCGGCAGCUGUGUGGUGUGGCCUUCCUGAGGCUUGAGGACUUCCUAGACAAUGCCUGUCACCAACUGUCCCUCAGCCUGGUGCCACAGGGGCGUCUCUUCACCCAGGUGACCUUCUGUGAUCCUGUUAUUGAGAGGCGGCCCCGGCUACAGAGGCAGAAGCGCAUUUUCUCUAAACGCAGAGGCAAGGACUUCCUGAGGGCUUCCCAGAUGAACCUCAGCAUGGCGGCCUGGGGGCGCUUGGUCAUGAGCCUGCUGCCCCCUUGCAGCUCCCCAAGCACAAUCAGUCCCCCCAAAGGGUGUCCUCAGAUCCCGAUCACACCUCAGGGGACAUCCAAACCUGCUUCCCCCAGUAAUUUGCUGCCCAAGAAGAUCCUCUUGGCAGAGGAGAUGAAGCCCCCACCCAAGCCCCCUCGCCUCUACCUGCCCCAGGAGUCCACCCCUGAGGAGACCCCGCGCACCAAACGCCCCCACAUGGAGCCCAGGACUGUACUUGGACCAUCUCCACCAGUCUCCCCUAGCAGGAAACCACCUCAACUUCAAGACUUCCGCUGCGUGGCUGUGCUUGGCCGGGGACACUUUGGGAAGGUCCUCCUGGUCCAGUUCAAGGGGACAGGGAAAUACUACGCCAUCAAAGCACUGAAGAAACAGGAGGUUCUCAGCCGGGAUGAGGUAGAGAGCCUGUACUGCGAGAAGCGGAUCCUGGAGACUGUGGGCCGCACGGGGCAUCCCUUCCUGCUCUCCCUUCUCGCCUGCUUCCAGACCCCUAGCCAUGCCUGCUUUGUGACUGAGUUUGUGCCUGGUGGUGACCUCAUGAUGCAGAUCCAUGAAGACGUCUUCCCUGAGCCCCAGGCCUGCUUCUACCUGGCCUGUGUGGUCCUGGGGCUCCAGUUCUUACACGAGAAGAAGAUCAUUUAUAGGGACCUGAAGUUGGAUAAUCUUCUGCUAGAUGCCCAGGGAUUCCUGAAGAUUGCAGAUUUUGGGCUAUGCAAGGAAGGGAUUGGCUUUGGGGACCGGACAAGCACCUUCUGUGGCACCCCAGAGUUCCUUGCUCCAGAGGUGUUGACCCAGGAGGCAUACACGCGGGCUGUGGACUGGUGGGGGCUGGGUGUGCUGCUCUAUGAGAUGCUGGUGGGCGAGUGCCCCUUCCCAGGGGACACUGAGGAGGAGGUGUUUGACUGCAUCGUCAACAUGGAUGCCCCAUACCCCCACUUUCUGUCCGUGCAGGGGCUUGAGCUCAUUCAGAAGCUCCUCCAUAAGUGCCCAGAGAAGCGCCUGGGGGCAGGUGAGCAGGAUGCUGAGGAGAUCAAGGUCCAGCCAUUCUUCAAGACCACUGACUGGGAGGCCCUGCUUGCCCGCACCAUCCGGCCCCCCUUCGUGCCAGCACUCUGUGGCCCCGCAGACCUGCGAUACUUCGAGGGCGAGUUCACUGGGCUCCCACCUGCCCUGACCCCACCUGGACCCUGCAGCCCCCUUAGUGCCCGCCAGCAGGCUGCCUUCCAGGACUUUGACUUUGUGUCAGAACAAUUCCUGGAGCCCUGAGAGAUGCUCCUGGCAUUCUCUGUCCCCUGCCCAGAUGGUUAAACCUUGUGCUCACCCGCUUGUGUGCCCUGCAUGGAGGCCCAGGCCUUGCCUGGUAUUUAUGAGCCCUUGUGUCUUGUGGUGGCAGCCAUGGGGUUGCUGUCAGAGGCUUUGCUCAGUGUCAUUUGGAGAAGCGUGUCACUGUUUCCUUCUGCCUACCCUUCUCCUGCCUCCCAGCUAGACCCAGACCAGCAAGGAUGCCACAGUGAGGAGUGGUUUGGUUUUCUUUUUAAUACUUGUUUUAUGUAUGAUUAAACUUGAAAAUUGUG